AUGGGAAACCACAACAGACUACAAUGCCCAGAAUUCAGUGCGGUGCACACCCGCCGCACCCAAUCGCAUGCGCGGAGGGUUCGAAGCGCAGCGACGGCGGCGGCACCAACGGCCUGAGCUUUGCGUGUGGUUUGAACGGGAGCCGGGCGAUGCGGGGCAGUGGGCGACCCUGAGUCGAGGGCAGGAGUCGGGAGGCCGGGUCUUGCUCUCUUCCACUGGCUGCCAUUGCAGAUGAUGGAGCGGGCGAUGGAGCAGCUGAACGUGCAGCUGAGCCGGCUGACCCGCUCCUUGAGGCGGGCUCGGACCGUGGAGCUUCCCGAAGAUAAUGAAACUGCAGUUUAUACGUUGAUGCCCAUGGUAAUGGCUGAUCAGCACAGAUCUGUUUCAGAGUUGUUGACAAAUUCAAAGUUUGAUGUCAAUUAUGCUUUUGGUCGUGUCAAGAGAAGCCUGUUGCAUAUUGCUGCAAAUUGUGGCUCUGUUGAAUGUCUUAUUCUGCUUCUGAAGAAAGGAGCAAAUCCAAACUAUCAGGACAUUUCUGGAUGCACACCUCUUCACUUAGCAGCUCGGAAUGGGCAGAAAAAGUGUAUGGGAAAACUACUGGAGUACACUGCUGAUGUGAACAUCUGCAACAACGAAGGGCUGACUGCAAUUCAUUGGCUGGCUGUUAAUGGGCGCACUGAGCUUCUUCAUGACCUAGUGCAGCACGUUAGUAAUGUGGAUGUUGAAGAUGCGAUGGGCCAGACUGCUUUACAUGUGGCUUGUCAGAAUGGGCACAAGACGACAGUACUUUGUCUUCUUGACAGUGGUGCAGAUAUUAACAGGCCUAAUGUAUCAGGAGCUACUCCUUUGUACUUUGCUUGCAGCCAUGGUCAAAGAGAUACAGCACAGAUCUUGAUUUCCAGAGGUGCCAAAUACUUGCCUGACAAAAAUGGUGUUACUCCACUGGAUCUCUGUGUACAGGGUGGGUAUGGGGAAACGUGUGAAAUUUUAAUCCAGCACCAUCCCAGGCUCUUCCAAACACUUAUCCAGAUGACGCAGAACGAGGAUAUCAAGGAAAACAUGUUACGCCAGGUUCUUGAGCAUUUAUGCCCACAGAAUGAGAACCAAUAUCAGAAGAUCCUCACCAGUCUUGCUGAAGUUGCCACAACAAAUGGCCACAAGUUGCUGAGUAUAUCAAGUAACUAUGAAGCUCAGAUGAAGAGUCUGUUGAAGAUAGUGCGAAUAUUCUGUCAUGUAUUUCGCUUAGGCCCAUCCUCUCCCAGUAAUGGAAAUGACAUGGCUUACAAUGGAAAUAAAACUCCACGAAGCCAAGUUUUCAAGGUCAGAAAAUUGUAUGACGUUAUUAGGAAGAUUGAAGUAAAAGAGAUGAAUUUCACAAAGCAUGCAAACAUUAAUCAGACAUCUCUUGAAAAAGAACCAUUGGAACUACUGUGGCAUUCACUGGAUGAGUGGUUAGUACUUAUUGCUACAGAGUUGAAGAAAAAUCAAGAAGACUCUGAAAUGGAUGCCAAAAAUAUUGCUUCCAUUUUACUGAAGCAGAGAGCCCAAGAACAGAGAGGAGUAGUAAAUGCUCAGACCCUUGACACUGUAAGAAAGGAAGUCUUGGAAAAUCAACAUGCCAGCUCAGAGAAACAGGAGGACGGUGAAGACCAGAUACAGGAUGCCAGUUCAGAUGGUUUAGAUGUAAUUUCUAUGACAGCAAAUCGACUGAGUGCCGUGAUCCAAGCCUUUUAUAUGUGUUGCUCCUGUCAGAUGCCGCAGGGAAUGACAUCACCUCGCUUCAUUGAAUUUGUGUGUAGGCAUGAUGAAGUUUUGAAAUGUUUUGUGACGAGAAACCCUAUAAUAAUAUUUGACCACUUUCACUUUCUUCUGGAGUGCCCUGAGUUGAUGUCGAGAUUCAUGCAUAUCAUCAAAGCACAGCCUUUCAAAGAUAGAUGUGAGUGGUUCUAUGAACAUCUUCAUGCUAAUCAUCCUGAUUCUGACAUGGUGCACAGGCCCGUUAAUGAAAAUGAUAUAUUGCUUGUUCACCGAGAUUCAAUUUUCCAGAGUAGCUGUGAGGUUGUUUCAAAAGCAAGCUAUGAAAAAUUGAAGCAAGGUGUUGCUGUCCGUUUUCAUGGAGAAGAAGGGAUGGGCCAAGGAGUGGUGCGUGAAUGGUUCGACAUUCUCUCCAGUGAAAUAAUUAACCCAGACUAUGCACUCUUCACUCAGUCAGCUGACGGAACCACUUUCCAGCCGAACAGCAAUUCCUCAGUGAAUCCAGACCACUUGAAUUAUUUCCGGUUUGCAGGGCAAAUUCUAGGUUUAGCACUUUAUCACCGACAGCUGGUUAACAUUUACUUUACACGUUCAUUCUACAAACAUAUACUUGGUAUCCCUGUAAAUUACCAAGAUGUGGCAUCCAUUGACCCAGAGUACGCCAAGAACCUUCAGUGGAUUUUGGACAAUGAUAUUAGUGAUCUGGGCCUGGAACUUACUUUUUCUGUAGAGACUGAUGUAUUUGGUGCAAUGGAAGAAGUGCCUUUAAAACCAGGGGGCAUAAGUAUACUUGUCACACAGGAAAAUAAGGCUGAGUAUGUCCAACUGGUUACCGAAUUACGAAUGACUCGUGCUAUUCAGCCUCAGAUAAAUGCAUUUUUGCAAGGCUUUCACCUAUUCAUCCCACCAUCCCUCGUUCAGCUCUUUGACGAAUAUGAACUGGAAUUGCUGCUGUCUGGGAUGCCAGAGAUUGAUGUGACUGACUGGGAACGCAAUACAGAAUACACCAGUGGCUAUGAUAAAGAAGACCCAGUGAUAAAGUGGUUCUGGGAAGUUGUGGAAGAGUUAACUCAAGAAGAAUGUGUGUUACUAUUACAGUUUGUUACUGGCAGCUCAAGAGUCCCUCAUGGUGGCUUUGCUUAUCUUAUGGGUGGCAGUGGGUUGCAGAAGUUCACGAUAGCUGCAGUACCUUACACUUCCAACCUCUUGCCAACGUCCAGUACCUGCAUCAACAUGUUGAAAUUGCCAGAAUAUCCCAGCAAAGAAAACCUGAAAGAUCGAAUUCUUGUAGCAUUACACUGCGGCAGCUACGGAUACACCAUGGCAUAAGUAUAUCAGAAGACUUGGAAGUUACUUUGGAAGAGACCUUUGUUCCUCAACUCUGUUUAAUAAUGCUUCUGAUUUGAAAACGUUUCCAGGUUGAUAUGCAAAUUUGCUGUAGCACAUUGGUUAUAUGCAUGGCAAGCACUGAAUGCUCAUGUCAAGCAUUAUGCUUCUGUGUUAUUUUAGGAAUUUUUAUUUUUAAAAUUGUUAUAUACAACUAAUCAUGUACUUAUGAGAAGGGAUAGGAAUUUGCAAAUAUUUACAAAAUAUGUAGGAAUGGUGUUCUGAGAUGCAGACAUACUCUCAGUGUAUUGUGGCUGAAGUAUGUAAGUUCAAUUGCCAAACUUCAUAGAUUUACAGUGGAGGGCAAGAAAGAGGAAGCCAAGAUUUCAUUAUAUUUUUUGUAAGAUAAGGAACAGACGUUUUAUUUUUUGCGAAGAUGUUAAUUUUUAGUUUUAUUACUUGGUCUUCAUAACUUAACAUCUCUUUUUGAGAGGGAGGAUGUUGUCAUUAGAAAUGACAAUAUAUUUAAUAGAUUGUUCUAACAACCAAAAUUAUAUUGCAGUAUUCCUGCCAAAUCUUAAUAGCUAUCUUUAAAGGAUUAAACUAUCUUAUGAAAGUAUUUGUAUAUUGUGAAAAUUAUGCAUUGUAUAUAUUGCUUUGUCCUGUACAUUUGUAGAGUAUGAUGCACCUGCCUGUUUCUUGAUGUUUGCACGUCUUUUUAGAAAAAAAAUUAAAUUUCUUACUGAAAAAUUUGCUGU